AUGGCCUCUGCUUCACCUGUUUCCAAUAAAUCCUUCAUUAAUGUUCAAUGGGUGUGGAAUGCAAGUCCAAAUCCAUUUUCAAAGUCACAAAAUAUCGAAUGGCGGCGUUAUUCAGACGUUGAAAAUAUAAUAAUUGAGAAAGCGUUCACAACUGGUGAAACUAAUGCCAUUUUGGACGGCUACCAUAUUGAUUUUAAGCAUAGUGUUCAAAUCUCAAACGACGAUAUUCACAAACAGCGACCUGUUAAACGAAUGGCAUGCGAUAAAGACGACAGAAUUUUACGAGAAGAAAGAUUUCUUCCUAAUCCGGUCGCUCCUGAUCGUCCUUUUGGUGGCCGAUACGGUUUUAUUUCACCUUUUAUUAAAGAAGUUGUUAAAGAUUUGAACCUUACAAAAAAACAAUUGCCUUCAAAAGAUAAAACAGUCGUUCCAAUGAUCGUAGAAAAAGCUGCUUCAGGUAUUAUUGAAGAAGGUAAACAUGUCGGGAAAAAACGCGAAGCCGAAGAGAUAGCAAAUCAACUGUUACAAAAGAAGAACGCAGACAUCAAAGAAAUAUGGAAGUGUUGUGCGUAUCUCUAUACUUUGGAAAGUUUUUUAUAUAUAAAAUCGAACGAAAUCAUGCGAUUGAUAGGAAGUGAACAACACUAG